UUGCCAAACUAAUGCUUGAGGAAAAGCUGGUAGAAAAGCCAGCCAUGGAGGGCAUCGAAGAUCUGCGGCCCACUCCUCCGGGCUCUGCCCGCACCUGGACCUGGGGCGUUUUCGCGCAAGCCUGGGCUACCAUGAUGGUGAAUUCGGGCACCUUCUCCAGCGGCGCAGCUCUGCUUAGUCUGGGCCUCUCUGUGCCGGAGACGCUUCUGGCGCAGAGCUGUGGCGCAGUGAUUCUGUUGGCGGGGCUGAUCCUCAAUGCCUCCGCCGGCGUGAAGUACGGCAUUCCUUUCCCCGUCUUCGCGCGCAGUUCCUUUGGAAGCGGCGGAGCCCAUUUUUGCACCUUGUCUCGCGGAGCCGUUGCGAUCAUGUGGCUCUCCUUCCAAUGCUGGCAGGGUGUGCUUGGCAUCCACGCCGCCUUGGGCCAGGUGGUUGGCAGGGCCCGGCUGCGCAGCUGGGGACGACUUGGAGAGCACCUGGAUGUGGCCAAGCUUGUCAUUUUAUUGCUGUAUUUGGGGCUGCAUGCCGUGCUCAUCCAGCUGGGCCCCGCCAAGCUCAAGCGCUGCAUCUCUUCAGUGCUGCCCUUCAUGGUGAUGGGCAUCCUAGGUAUCGCCGUGUGGGCCGCCUUCCUGUGCCCCGUGCAGGAGGCGCUGGUCGCUGCAGAGGAGUCGACCCCCGAGAGCAUCGGCUCUAAGUCCAUCGCCUUCUUCGCAGCGAUGAACUCCUCCAUCGGGACCUGGUCCACGCUGGUGCUGAAUGUUUGCGAUUUGAGCCGCUUCUCUCCCACUCAGAAGGACCAGGCGCUGGGACAGGCGCUUGGCGUGCCGGUGCCCUUUGUGGCCACCUUGUUCAUUGGGAUGUGGCUGGCUGGAGCCACCACAGUCGCUUAUGGCAAAGCUGUGUGGCAGAUCCCCGACUGCUUCGCGCACUGGCCCUCAAUGGUGUCUGUGCUGGCAGGCCUGGUCUUGGCCGCCGCCACGCUGCUGGUGAACGUCUUAGCCAACAUCAUCUCCCCAAUCAAUGAUUUGAUGAAUGUGGCACCCAACCACUUCACCUACCGGGGCUGCGGGUUCUUUGUGCUGAUAUUGUCAGUUGCGGUUUGCCCGUGGUGGACCUUCUCCGGGAGGAUCACCUUCGUGCUGAACUUCCUGUCCGGAUACGCGAUGAUCACGGGUGCCAUUGCCGGGAUCUUCAUGGCCGAUUACUGGAUCUUGCGAAGGCGACAGCUCAACGUGGAGGAGCUUUACACGAAGACGGGUGUGAAUUGGAAGGCUUUGCUGGCGGUUCUGCUGGGCGCCGCGCCCCUCAUCCCCGGCUUCGUGGACGCGCUGAUCCACCAAGGCGGAUCGGCAGGCCACCUGGUGAGCCCCGUGUGGGGCCACUUGUACUCAGGGUUCUCCUUUCUGUUCUCCUGGUCAGUGGCCGGCACGUCUUACUUGCUGCUCAGCCUCGGGGAAUUUAGGACUUUGAGGAGCAAGGAGCUGGAAUUCAGCAACAUAGCUUCGUCUUCAUCGGAGUACUCGUCGCCCAACUCCAACUCUAUGUGAAGUAGGGCUUGGCCUUUGCCUCUUGUGCUCGCCUUUCAGUGCGACAUGACUUGUCAGUCUGGACCAUAAUCUGGCGGACAUCUAUGGUUUGGACCAGGGUUGGGCA